GUUAGAACGAAGUGGGGGAGUAGGCACUGUCGGUCAUGGACAUGGGUGCAGCAAGUGCCUACCUCUCACCGUCACGGUGGUCGCUCCCUCUAAUUCCGCCGCCGUCGCCGUCGCCGCCGCCGCAAGAAUCCAUACCUUUCUCAAGAGUAUCCUGCUGCUCUUCUCGGCUCUCUUCUUCCGCUGUCACUUCUGGCAGUGGCAGCAGCAAAACAGCGACCUUAUCCGCAAUUCAGAGUUCUGGCAUCAUUGCCUGCCUUCGCUCCUCCUGUGCGGAGAUUGCUUUUGAAGCUGCUUCUGCUGCAUUGGAUGGCGGCAUCUCAGUUCUGGAGAUUACGAUGUCAACCCCAGGUGUGUUUCAGGUUUUGAAACGCUUGGUUGAGGCAUACCCGGCAGCAUUCUUAGGGGUUGGCACAGUUUUAAGUGUUGCGGAUGCCAUAAAUGCAAUGAAUGCUGGAGCCAGAUUCCUCAUGAGCCCUGCUACUGUGAAGGAUGUUAUGAAUGUUGUUCAAGGUACUGAAGUUCUUUACAUACCUGGUGUAAUGACACCAACAGAAAUACUGUGUGCAUACAAUGGCGGUGCUAGUAUUGUCAAGGUAUAUCCUGUUUCUGCAUUGGGUGGAGUCCAGUACAUUGCAGCCCUCAAGAAGCCUUUCUCCGAUAUACCAAUGGUUGCUUCUCAAGGAAUAACAACAGAUUCUUUAGGGGACUAUAUAACCGCUGGAGCUUCAGCAGUCGUUCUGUCAGAUGCCAUAUUCAGUAAAGAGGCAAUGCUGCGGAGAGAUUUCAGCAAAAUACAUCAACUAGCACUUCAUGCUUCUUCGCAUGGGAAAGAAGCUGUGCACGGGUAAAUAUGUUUUACUUGAACAGUGAAGAUUCUAGGCGAGGUUUGGUGAUAUCAAGUAUAUUCGUAGUACUACUACAAUGCUGCUACAGCAGCCAUGGCCAGUACCUUCAAAUGCAAGCUAACUCCUAAUUUUCGAAGUAGGCCCCUCUUGAUACCGAGAAUACGAUACCCCGGUUAUAAAGCGAGCAGAACACUUUGAACGCCAUCAAAACCAAGAUCAUUACUGCAGUCAAAAGCGUCGGUGACUGCCAAGAAGCAAACACAUAUUGCCCCAUAAACCUCCCAAUCCUCACCUUCCAUUGUCCAAUGUAAUACAAGUUCACCUCUGCAAUGACCUCAUCCAGAAAAGCCACUCUGGUCAGGCUAAUCGAAUUGCUCGUCCCGUUCCACAAAUCUGCCGCAUCAUGGGUCACUCCUCAAGUGAUUCAAAACCACAUUAUCACACACAUCAUCCUCAACAGCCUCACUUCCUUCCGAGUGUCAGUGAUCCCAUUCAUCAGCUCCGUGUAUCGUGUGAAAACCGGCGGCCCUUCGUGAGUAAUGUCAUUCAAAUAUUACAUCUCAUUAAUUAAAAAUUUAUUUUUCUGUUGGAGAUGAGAAAACCAAAGAUUGUAAAAUCGAAUUAGAUGUUGUAUUGAAAAAUCAAUGAUAUGUUAUUCUAUUAUUAUUAAAUCAUGG